AUGGCUUACCAACAAGAACGCUACAUCGCCGAGCUCGCCGUUCAGCGGGCCACUCUGCUCACCCAGAAGGUCUUCUUCGAGAAGGCCAAGGGUACCGUCAGCAAGGACGACAAGUCCCCGGUCACCAUCGGCGACUUCGGCGCCCAGGCCCUCAUCAUCCAAGCCAUUCGCAAGAACUUCCCCAACGAUGAGAUUGUUGCCGAGGAGGAGGCCAGCUCCCUGCGUGAGGACAAGGCUCUGAGCGCGGAGAUCUGGCGUCUGGUCAAGGAUAUCAAGCUGGAGGAUGCGGAGAGCGAUAACGUGCUGGGCGGCCCCAUCGCCAGCGAGGAGAGCAUGUUGGACAUCAUAGAUGAGGGCAAGAGCGCCGGUGGUCCCAAGGGCCGUAUCUGGGCUCUAGACCCCAUUGACGGCACCAAGGGUUUCCUCCGUGGUGGCCAGUACGCCGUCUGCCUGGGUCUGAUCGUCGACGGUGAUGUCAAGGUCGGCGCCAUUGGUACUCCUAACCUGCCCGUGGACGACGCCGCCCCCAUCGAUGCCAGCACCGGCGCCCAGCAGACCAGCACCUCUGCCAACGGUGUCCUCUUCUCCGCUGUUCAGGGCGAGGGUGCCACCAGCCGCCCCCUGUCCAACGGCACUCUCGCCGAGAGCAAGUCCAUCUCCAUGCGUCCCGUCCCCAACAUCGCCCAGGCUGUCUUCUGCGAGGGUGUCGAGGCUGCCCACUCUGCCCAGGGUGACAACGCUGCCGUCGCUGAGCGUCUCGGCAUCACUGCCCCCAGCGUUCGUCUGGACUCGCAGGCCAAGUACUGCUCCAUUGCCCGCGGUGCUGGUGACAUCUACCUCCGUCUCCCCGUUAAGAAGGACUACCAGGAGAAGAUCUGGGACCACGCGGCUGGUGACAUUAUCGUCCGUGAGGCCGGUGGCCAGGUGACCGACAUCUAUGGCAACCGCCUGGACUUCAGCAAGGGCCGGACCCUGGCUGCCAACAAGGGUGUUGUUGCUGCCCCCAAGGCCCUGCAGGACCAGGUCAUUGAUGCGGUCAAGGUUGUCCUUAAGCUUUAA